CAAGACCUCAAAAAUGAGCUGUUUUCCCAAGAGAAAGGAUGACAGUCACCUUCUGAAGAAUGGUAAAAAGCCAGACCUGAGGAUCGUACUGCUUGGGAAGGUCGGCGUUGGGAAGAGUUCUUCAGGAAACACCAUCCUGGGUGAUGAAACUCUAUUUCCCAUAACAGAGGAUGUAGACUCUGCUACAACGACGUGCAAGAAGAAAACAAAAGUUAUAAAAAACCAAGAGGUGACGGUUGUUGAUACUCCGGGUUUGAGGCGAAAUGAGAGAAAAGAAGAGUUUUUGGCAGAGAUCAAGAGAUCCAUCUCACUUGCCGAUCCUAACGUCUUCCUGAUUGUGCUGGAUGCGGAAGAUAAAUUCGCUGCAGGAGAAAUGAAAAUGUUGGAAAUCAUUUGCGACACUUUUGGCAAAAACAUAUGGGAUUACACUAUGGUCUUGAUCACCAAGGUAGAAAAAAAAAAAGAUAAGAAUGAAAGGGAAAUUAAAGAGGAAAUGAAAAACUUUAUUCGGUCAAAUAACAAUCUCCUCGACCUCAUCAUUAAGUGCAAGUGGGGUUACCAUGCCUUUUUCAAAGAUGACGAAGAAGAUGCCAAGGAAUUCAAUAAAGUCCCUGAGUUGCUGAAGAAGAUUACCAAAAGGGUUCAGGCAAAUAAAGAAAGAUGCUACACUGAAGAGAUGCUCAGAGAGGCUGAAGAGGCCUUAUUCAAACAACAGGUACAAAAGAAAGAAAAGAAAGGCAGGCUAGCCUUUUUAUACAUUGCUACUUUUGUUGGAGUUCUGGUCGGAGGUCCGUUUGGGUAUCUUGCUGUUACUGCUCCGGUGACAACAGUGGUCGUAACUGCACUGGGAUGUGUCGGGGGUGGGAUACUGGCAGCAGCGGUGGCAGGUUCAGUGAUUAUCGCCAAGAAAUACUGCACCAGAAAAAACAACAGGGGAGACUGGUUUUAA